GUCACGAAGCUGUUUACCCUUUGAUCAUCCCCCAAACCCCCAGCCUUUACUUAAUCAUCUUGUAAAGUUCGCCCUUGUUUUCUCUUCCACGCUCUCGUCUUACUCAUUAUGGGCACUUUGACCGCAGAUUGCCCACGCCUCGACAUUCAUUGCCCGCACAAGCUUGCCACCAGCUGUAGGCUGACUUCCACGCCCAAUUGCUGUGCUUGCGCCGAUGAGCGCGUUCAUUCAAGAACAUAUAGAGUGUACAUUGAUGGAGUCGGUUUUGUAAAUCGCGGCACAAGGUGGCAAGGCUACUGCUGGUUCUGUAAAGAGUUCUGGAGCAAUCGCCUUGCCGCUACAGACCCACCACUUGAGAUUGCGCAAACACGCAUACCCGAGAUACCGGAUCAGACCGAAUUCCUAGAGCGAUGGUGGGAGUUUCAUCAGGGAUAUCGCAUCGCGAAGCUUCCUGAUGGCACAGAGCAGCGCAUAGCUGUUAUAGGCGAGCCUUUUCAUGAAGUUAGCCCAGGUCUCCUACCCCGAACAUUAGAUCAGCUGCGGGCUGGCGUAGAGAACAAUGCAUUAAGGCCGGAGAAUAGGCUUAGGAGGCGAAGGCUGACAUCAGAGGAAGAUCGACCGGAGGAACCGCAACAGAGCCUAGAGGACGCAUUGGACGACCUGCUUCGAGAGGCUGAAGAAACCCCGAAUGUCAAUUCAACUGUUCCUACAGAGCCCCAAUCGUCGGUAACCCCUCAGAUCCAAGAGGACCCCUCUGAACCGCCACGACCAAUGACACGACGAGAAGCACAAAUGCAGCUCGCACGAGAACGUUUUGCUCGUGUAUUUGGGUCCCGCGAGGAGUUAGAGCAGGACGACUACGAGUCACCACUCACGCAAAUGUACACACGAGCGUACGACCGCCAUCGCCAAGCCGAACAGAGAAGAGCAGAGGGAACAGAGGUUGCGCCCCAGCUCGAUAGCUUAUCACUGCAAGAUCGCCGUGAAAUCGAAGAACAAUUACUUUGGGGCGUAAUGCGGGAAUCGCAAUCCAUCUCUGAGAGCCUGGAGCCAGCAACUGAAGUGUGGAGCUAUGCCCCGCGGCGAAGAGGCGUAGAUGGCGAAGACGCUGCUGUAACCGAAGUCCGCUGGCUGCGCAAUAGCGGCGAAAUCGACGUCUCCGCCGAACGCAUGGCGUAUUUCGAGAACAGCGGCGCAGAAGGCACAGAAGCAGCGCGGAGGCUCGUGGUUGCGUACCGGCAAAGCCAGGCAGAAGACGAAGCACGCAUCCGCGCCAUAUUUGCGAACCCUAAUGGCGAAUCCAGCUCAGCUGCCCCUAUAGCAACGGGUUGGUGGUCGCAUAUUCGUCCUCAGUUGUCUGGUAUAGCUGGGGGAACUACACAGCCGCUGGCAGAAAUGCACAAUAUACGUCUGGAUUUUGAACAGGAACUUGCUCGUAUGCGCGCUGCUCGACCACCCUCACCCCCGGUUGUCUCCCUAGAUAACCAGCCAGAUCGGCCGCCGCCAAAGUCUGAGGAGGAAAUGACCAAGGUGCUAGCGUGUCAGACAUGGACAUAUACCGGCGCGUCCGACAAAGUGUCCCAUGUGUAG